AUGCCUCCUAACAGUUCCUUGAAAAUGGAGCUGGUUUGGAAUUCAGUCUUUAUUGUCCUCCUAAGUUUUUCGUGCUGGGGGUUAGACUGGGAAUCUGACCGAAAUUUCAUUUCAGCUGCUGGUCCUCUAACCAGUGAUUUGCUGCACAACCUGAACGAUCCACUGGGAAGCAAGAGUUCUAACAUCGUAGCAGAGGAAAAAGACAUUUAUGUUUGUCGCCAGCCACUGCCUGCUUUCCUGCAGGAUUACUUCAGCAGUGUUCGUGCCAGUAAGGUCACUCAUUACAAAGUAUUUCUGCCAUGGGCCCGGCUUCUCCCAGCAGGAAGCUCCAAGAACCCCAACAGGAGAACCGUGCAGUGCUACCGGCGGCUCCUGGAGGCACUCAGGACCGCCCACCUUCAGCCCCUGGUCGUCCUGCACCACCAGGCCCUCCCUGCCCACACCAUUCAGAGAAGUGCAGGCUUUGCUAAACUCUUUGCUGACUAUGCCGCAUUCGCCUUCCACUCCUUUGGCGACCUAGUUGAGGUCUGGUUCACUUUUAGUGAUUUGGAGAAGGUGAUAGCAGAGCUUCCUCACCAGGAAUCAAGAUCUUCUCGUCUCCAGACCCUCACUGAUGCCCACAGAAAAGCCUAUGAGAUUUACCACAAAAAAUACGCUUCUCCAGGGCAAGGAAGAAAAGAGUGUAAGUGUGAAUGGGAGUUGUCAGGCUAUGCUCAGGCCAUCACUUCAGCAGACUGGAAUGCAGAGGGCAGACCGUGCGACUUGGAGAAGAGGAUUCCCGGCCGAGAGAAGAGUGGAAAGCCCCUCCGUGAGCUUAAUGAACUAGGAGUAGAGGGUGGGAGAGGCGGAAAACUCUCCGUGGUCCUGCGAGCGGACGCGGUCGACGAGUCGCUGCUGGAACCCUCCACGUCUGCGCUCGCCAAGGGCGCAGUUGAUUUCCUCUCUCUUGAUUUGUCUUAUGAAUGCCAAAGUGAAGCAAGUUUAAAGCAGAAGCUGGGUAAAUUGCAGACUAUUGAGCCGAAAGUGAAAGUUUUCAUCUUCAAUUUAAAACUUCAGGACUGCCUCUCUACCAGGAAGAACCCAGCUAGGCUUCUCUUUAGCCUUCUGGAAGCCAUAAAUAAAGACCAAGUGCUCACCCUUGGGUUUGAUAUUAAUACCUUCCUGAGCUGUCUACCAAGUUCCAAGAAAAGCUGGUCUUGUUCUCUGACCGAAAGCCUGACCCUUCAGACUGCCCCACAGCAGGACCUCAAGGCCACAGUAGGCUCCUUGCCACCGCGCUCAGCCUACCGGAGACUCUGGGAAACGUUUGCUAACCAGUCCAAGACGGAAAGGGAUGUUUUCCUGCAGGACGUUUUUCCUGAAGGCUUCCUUUGGGGAGUCUCCACAGGAGCUUUUAACGUGGAAGGAGGCUGGGCUGAGGGUGGAAGAGGGGCAAGUGUCUGGGACCGACUCAAGCACCAGAAUGCCACCAAGGGCCAAGCAACGCCAGAGGUGGCCAGCGACAGUUACCACAAGGUGGACUCUGACAUUGCCCUGCUUCGUGGCCUCCAAGCUCAGGUUUACAAGUUCUCCAUCUCCUGGUCCCGCAUCUUCCCCACUGGGCAUGGGCACAGUCCCAGCCCCCAGGGUGUUGCCUACUACAACAAGCUGAUUGACAGCCUGCUGGCCUCCCACAUCCAGCCCAUGGCCACACUGUUCCACUGGGACCUGCCUCAGGCCCUGCAGGAUCACGGUGGGUGGCAGAAUGAGAGCACAGUGGAUGCCUUCCUGGACUUUGCAGCCUUCUGCUUCUCUACUUUUGGGGACCGUGUGAAGUUGUGGGUGACCUUCCAUGAGCCAUGGGUGAUGAGUUAUGCAGGCUAUGGCACUGGUCAACAUGCGCCAGGCAUCUCUGACCCAGGAGUGGCCUCUUUUAAGGUGGCUCACUUGGUCCUUAAGGCUCAUGCCAGAGUUUGGCACCACUACAAUAGCCACUAUCGCCCACAGCAGCAGGGACACGUGGGCAUUGUGCUGAACUCAGACUGGGCAGAACCUCUGUCUCCAGAGAAGCCUGAAGACGUGAGAGCCUCUGAACGCUUCCUGCACUUCAUGCUGGGCUGGUUUGCACACCCCAUCUUUGUGGAUGGAGACUACCCUGCUGCCCUCAGGGCCCAGAUCCAAUGGAUGAACCAACAGUGCCCCAGGCCUGUGGCCCAGCUCCCUGAGUUCACCAAGGCAGAGAAGCGGCUUCUGAAAGGCUCUGCUGACUUUCUGGGUCUGUCUCAUUACACUUCCCACCUCAUCAGCAAGGCUCAACAAGAUUCCUGUAUCCCUAGCUAUAAUACCAUUGGUGACUUCUCUCAACACACGGACCCUGAAUGGCCCCAGACUUCAUCCCCUUGGAUUCAUGUGGUGCCCUGGGGUAUAAGGAGGCUUUUGCAGUUUGCAUCCUUGGAGUACACAAGAGGAAGAGUUCCGAUCUACCUGGCUGGGAACGGCAUGCCCAUAGGGGAAACUGAAGAUCUCUUUGAUGAUUCCUUGAGGGUAGACUACUUCAAUCAAUAUAUCAAUGAGGUGCUCAAGGCUGUCAAGGAGGACUCAGUGGAUAUUCGAUCUUACAUCGCUCGUUCCUUCAUAGAUGGAUUCGAAGGUCCCUCUGGUUACAGCCAGAGGUUUGGCCUGCACCAUGUCAAUUUCAGUGACAGCAGCAAGCCGAGGACUCCCAGGAAAUCUGCCUAUUUUUUCACCAGCAUCAUUGAAAAGAACGGUUUUCUCACCAAAGUAGUAAAAAGACUGCCACCACCCAGAACUGCCAACAUCCCCCCUAAAAUCAGAGCCUUUACUUUUCCAUCUGAGGUGCCCUCCAAGGCUAAAGUCAUUUGGGAAAAGUUCUCCAGCCAACCCAAGUUUGAAAGAGAUCUGUUUUACCAUGGCACAUUUCGAGAUGACUUUCUGUGGGGCGUAUCCUCGUCAGCCUACCAGACUGAAGGAGCUUGGAAUGCCGACGGCAAAGGCUCCAGCAUCUGGGAUAACUUUACCCACACGCCAGGGAGCAAUGUGAAAGGCAAUGCCACUGGAGACGUAGCCUGUGACAGCUAUAACCAGCUGGAUGCUGAUCUGAAUAUGCUUAGAGCUUUGAAAGUGAAGGCCUAUCAUUUCUCUAUCUCCUGGUCUCGGAUUUUCCCAACUGGGAGAAACAGUUCUGUCAAUAGCCAAGGUGUUGAUUAUUACAACAGGCUAAUCAAUGGCUUGGUGGGAAGCCACAUCUCUCCCGUGGUGACCCUGUUCCACUGGGACCUGCCCCAGGCCCUCCAGGAUAUUGGAGGCUGGGAGAAUCCUUCCUUGAUUGAGUUGUUUAACAGUUAUGCAGACUUUUGUUUCCAGACGUUUGGUGACAGAGUCAAGUUCUGGAUAACCUUUAACAAGCCCACAUACCAGGCAUGGUUGGGUUAUGGCUCAGGGGAGUUUCCCCCGAAUGUGAAGGACCCAGGCUGGGCACCUUACAGGAUUGGCCAUGCACUCAUCAAAGCUCAUGCUAGAGUCUAUCACACUUAUGAUAAGACAUACAGGCAAGACCAGAAGGGGGUCAUCUCUUUGAGCCUCAGUGCACACUGGGCAGAGCCCAAGUCACCAGAGGUGCGGAGGGAUGUGGAGGCAGCUGACCGAAUGCUGCAGUUCUCCCUGGGCUGGUUCGCCCACCCCAUUUUCCGAAACGGAGACUAUCCUGAUGUCAUGAAGUGGAAAGUGGGGAACAGAAGUGAACUACAACACUUAACCACCUCUCGCCUGCCAAGCUUCACCGAGGAGGAGAAGAGGUACAUCAGGGGCACAGCUGAUGUGUUCUGCCUCAACACGUACUCCUCCAGAAUUGUGCAGCAUACAACACCCAGGUUAAACCCUCCCUCAUACAAAGAUGACCAGGAAACAACUGAGGAGGAGGACCCUUCAUGGCCCUCCACAGCAGUGAGCAGAGCUGCAGCCUGGGGGACACGGCGACUGCUCAGCUGGAUCAAGGAAGAGUAUGGUGACAUUCCUGUUUACAUCACUGAAAAUGGGGUGGGGCUGACAAACCCAAAAGUGGAGGAUACUGAUAGGAUAUUUUACCACAAAACCUACAUCAAUGAAGCUUUGAAAGCCUACAGGCUUGACGGUGUAGACCUUCGAGGCUAUGCUGCGUGGUCUCUGAUGGACAGCUUUGAGUGGCUGAAUGGCUAUACAGUCAAGUUUGGACUGCACCAUGUUGAUUUCAAUAAUGUGAACAGGCCUCGCACAGCACGAGCCUCUGCUAGGUACUACACAGAGGUCAUCACCAACAACGGCAUGCCACUGCCCAAGGAAGAUGAGUUCCUCUACGGACGAUUUCCCGAGGGCUUCAUCUGGAGUGCAGCUUCUGCUGCAUAUCAGAUCGAAGGUGCAUGGAGAGCAGAUGGCAAAGGACUCAGUAUCUGGGACAUGUUUUCUCACACACCACUGAGGGUUGAGAACAACGACACCGGAGAUGUGGCCUGUGACAGUUACCACAAGAUUGCUGAGGAUGUGGUUGCCCUGCAGAACCUGGGUGUGUCCCACUAUCGCUUUUCCAUCUCUUGGCCUCGCAUCCUCCCUGAUGGGACCACCAAGUACAUCAAUGAAGCAGGCCUGAACUACUACAUGCAGCUCAUUGAUACACUGCUGGCUGUCAACAUCAAGCCACAGGUGACCAUUUACCACUGGGACCUGCCCCAGGCACUCCAGGAUAUUGGCGGCUGGGAGAAUGAGACCAUUGUGCAGCGGUUUAGAGAGUAUGCGGAUGUGCUCUUCCAGAGGCUGGGGGACAAAGUGAAGUUUUGGAUCACACUGAAUGAGCCCUUUGUCAUUGCUAACCAGGGCUAUGGCUAUGGCACACAUGCCCCAGGAAUCUCCUUUAGGCCUGGCACUGCCCCCUACAUCGUUGGCCACAACCUAAUAAAGGCUCAUGCUGAAGCCUGGCAUCUGUACAAUGACAUGUACCGUGCCAGUCAAGGUGGCGUGAUUUCCAUCACCAUCAACAGUGACUGGGCUGAGCCCAGAGACCCCUCCAACCAGGAGGAUGUGGAGGCAGCCAGGAGAUACAUGCAGUUUAUGGGAGGCUGGUUUGCACAUCCUAUUUUCAAGAAUGGAGAUUACAAUGAGGUGAUGAAGACACGGAUCCGUGAAAGGAGCUUGGCCGCAGGCCUCACCAAGUCUCGGCUCCCAGAGUUCACUGAGAACGAGAAGAGGAGGAUCAAUGGCACCUAUGACUUUUUUGGGUUCAAUCACUACACCACUGUCCUGGCCUACAACCUUGACUAUGCCUCAUGGAUCUCUUCCUUCGAUGCAGACAGGGGAGUUGCCUCCAUCACAGAUCGCUCUUGGCCAGACUCUGGCUCCUUCUGGCUGAAGAUGACACCUUUUGGAUUCAGGAAGAUCCUGAACUGGUUAAAAGAUGAGUACAACAAUCCUCCAAUUUACGUAACAGAAAAUGGAGUGUCCCAACGGGGAGAGACAGACCUCAACGACACCACAAGAAUCUACUACCUCCGCAGUUACAUCAAUGAAGCACUCAAAGCUGUGCAGGAUAAGGUGGACCUUCGAGGAUACACAGUUUGGAGUGUGAUGGACAACAUUGAGUGGGCCACAGGCUUCACAGAGAGGUUUGGUCUGCAUUUUGUGAACUACACUGACCCUUCUCUGCCAAGGAUCCCCAAAGCCUCAGUCAAGUUCUAUGCCUCUGUAGCCCGGUGCAAUGGCUUCCCUGACCCUGCUGCAGGGCCACACCCUUGUCUCCAGCCAGAAGAUGUUGGACCCACCAUCAGCCCCAUGAAAGGGGAAGAGGUUCCGUUCCUGGGGCUGACACUAGGUACAACAGAAGCCCAGACAGCUUUGUACAUACUCUUUACUCUUCUGCUUCUUGGAGUCUGCUGUGUGGCAUUUCUAUCAUACAAGUACUAUAAGCACUUAAAUAAGGGGUAACACAACCAGGCCAACAGGAAUUAAGCCCUAUUUCUUCAUUCUGACCCACAAAAUUCCUUAGGCUCUUAUAUUAUGCACGUACCAAACUACUUCUUAAAGGCCUUCUGCAGUGUUAGAGGCUAUUUAAAUCUUGAAGGACUUCAAGUCCCUGAUUAAAAUGGAUAUAUCAGCAUCGUGUCCAGUAUCAGGGAUUCAUCUGGGCUUUAGAAGACCUGGCAGGUGGCUCUUGUGGAAAUGUGCAGCUACUAAGCUCAUCCAGUUGUUCUGUGGGCCACUUAAAUACAGCCCAGCUAAGUUUCAGAGACUUUAAAAGUGGAAAUAUGAGUAAAACCACAGUCCUUUAUGUAAGAAAUCAGCUUCACUGUAUGGAUGGACCUCAAUUUUAUCUCCUGCCCUCUCUUCAAGCUCCCUCACAGCCUCAUACUUUUUGCUUCCCAGAAAAUAAAAAUAGUGCUAUGUUCUAUAUCUAUGGGUGUUUCUCCUUGUGAAGGUAGGUUCCACAGAAUUUAUUAAGUCCCACAAGCCAAUUGGGGCAUCUAAGCUAGCCCACUAAACCAAAACUUUCUGCUGAUACAAUAUAUUCCCUGGACCAGAGAUAUCAUAACAUACAAAAAGAGAUGAUCAUUGAUUGAUACUUUCUUUCCCCUACUGCUUCAUGUCCUUCCUGCCUCUCCCCUGUCUAUAGUACAACUUAUAAGAACCUAAGUAUGGCCUGCAAGGCCCAUGUGAUCUACUUUUACUUAGCCGGUUUCCCUUUUUCUUCUCUCAAUUUAUGGUUAGCUCUGACCUGCAUGGACUGGACUAUGCCAUAUUCCUUCUGAAAAUGCCUUGAAGUCUCAGCUCAAAUAAUGCUCUUUCCCCUUUGCAUGGCUUUUCUGAACUCCCCAGGAAGACACUCCUUUCUCUACUUAGCUUAUAAAUAUCUCCUAUGAUAGCUUGUCCAUAUUAUGCUGGAGCUGCCCAUUUCUCUAUCAUCUUCUUGAGGCCAUAGGACCAUGUCUCACUGUCUCUAACAAGACAUAGAAAGCACACCUGCUUGGUUGUGUGUUUAUUCAUAAAACAUAUCGAGUAACGGUGGGAGCAUAGAAAGAUGCAGUCAUCAUCAACUCCCCGCAAAUGUGCUCAUGAGACAAUCUCACUAUGGAACACUUCAAAAUUUAUUUGGUCUUACACAGAUUAUCUGGGAGAACAUUUUUUAAAAGAGUAGUUUCAAAUAGUUUUUUAAAAGAGCUCUUACUGAAAUUUUAUUACUUAUAAACAUUCCUUACAUGUUUAUUAUAUCUAUAGCAAAUUCCUGUCAAAAUGUUCCACUGCCAGGCAACACAAUCUGACAGUUUGUGGUACACAAGCAUUUUUCUCCAUCAACAGGUAACUAUGUCAGAUGGAGGUAAGAAUGGCUCUAAAACUAGUAAUAAAGACAUUUCUUGGCAGAAAUUAUGUAACUUCUGUAUUUAAACAUUAUAAGCUGACAAUUAUACCUAGAUAAAUCUCAAAAUUCAAUAUAACUUCCAUAUAACUUUUUUUGCGGGGGGCAUGCACAAAACAGACUUGUGAGAAGAGUCAGUAUAAAUCUGGGGUGGGGUGGCAUAUUAAAACAUAUUAUAAAGCUAGUUAUAAAAAGUAGUUUGGACACCCAAGAGAGGAACACCUAAAUAUAUAAAGCAAAUAUUAAGACAUAUAGGAGAAAGUGAUAGUAAUAAAAUAGUAUUAGAGAAGCAAGACUAAAGAUGGUGGCAUGAGAGGUGAGAAAGAGACCUUGUCCCAAAACUACAUAUAAACAGUUAAUACAACAAAUCCUAAAAGAGCAGACCUCACAAAACAGUAAAAUACCAAAGCCGUGAUUGGGUAGGACCCAAGCACUUCUCCCACCCCAGCUCACCAGCAGAAGGAAGAGAGACAGAGCACAGAGGGAGUGGAAGCCUAGGACUGCUGAACACCUAGCCCUGGAUAUCUGCUCUGGGAGCAAGAACUAUUUUGCGUGGUGCUCUAGAGAUUCAUGGGGUUGAAAAGCUAAGACAGGAAGAAUACUUGGAGAAACUGAGAUUCUAGUCGCUUGUAGAAAACAGGGAUCCACACCUGGCUGCUCUGGGACAAAA